UUUUACGUGCUAUCGAUAAUCGAAUAAAUACAUGACAAAAUAAAUAAAAAUUACAGCCAGCUUAAACUCGAAACUCCCACUCCCACACAAACGGAUUAAAUGGAUGAGGAAGGGACAGCAGAAAUCAAUGAACCAGGGGAGGAGGUUGCUGACUCUGCGGGGGAGGCAGCAGGCCCGAGUGUAGCGGAACUGCAGCCGAGCGAUGUGGAGAGGGUCAUAGAUGUCUUCGAGGAGACGGCCGAAAUGGAAGCGGCCAUGAUCGAACGCUUCUUUGGACAGCCUUCCGCCGACGCCGCCGCUGAGGAGGAGAUGCCACCAGUUCCUGGAUCGGGACCAGGCCCAGCUGACGAGGGCGGCUCCGCCAAUGCGGGCGAGAGGCCCAGCGGGGAGGACAGAGUGCCGGAUGACGGUAUCGAGAGUGAUGACAGCCCCGUCCGCCCAAGCAGUGACAUGUCCCUGGACAGUCCAAACAGUGAGGACGACUCGGAUGUGGAGGCCUUGCCACGCUGGAUGAUACCACAGAAUCGCUUGCGUUACGCCGUGGACAUGAUGGUGUCGCAGGCUCGCAAUCAGGACGGCGGAAUCGCCGCCCUCUUGAACAGGGACAACUUUUUGCAGCGCGUCCGCAGCAUGGUCUUUAGCCAGGAGAGGCGACGGAGUCGCACCAGCGAUGAGAACAGCCUGGAUGCUGAGGAGGCUGCACUCCAACAGCAGCUGCAGCCGCAGAAUCAGCCACAGCUGCAGCCGCCGCCUCCGCCACCGAGGCCACCACCCAUAGAUAUCGACAUGGAGGAGGGAGUGCAUUUCGAUACCAAUCUGCCGGCAGAGCACUCAUAUUUUGGCCCGAAUCUGAAUCGUGUGCCCGGCGUGGACUACCAGGAGGUGGGCAGCACUCACCACAUGCUCAUCUUUCUGCACCAGCACAUCCUGUUUCCCGGCGAGGUGCUGCCCUUCAUGAUUGACGGCAGCCUCUUCGACAACGAUAUGCCCGGACUGGAUGGUCUGAUAUUUGCCAUCGCUUUUCCCCUGAUGAAGCCGCCCGAUGAUUGCCAAAAAUUGUACGGCGUAACCUGCCAGAUCUACGAGAAGGGCGACAGCGGACACCACCUGACGUUCUACAAGUCCCGGGCCCUCCAGCGCAUUGUCAUCAACAGCAACGACAUCAAGGGCCUGCCCCAGUACAUUGCACGGAAUCCGACCAACAAGUGCCACAGCAAGGUGAAGAUACUGCCGGAGUACUUUCUGCCGGAGCCCCUCAAGUGCAUCGACAUGGGCUCGAUGAGUCGCUUCCGGGACAUACCCUCAAUGCGGGACAAGUAUCUCCGCUAUCAGAUCUCGAGCACACCCUGGCCGGCCGAAGCCUGCCAGGAGUACGCCUACGCGGACAUUGUGGAGCGGGCGCGCAAGAAGCUCGAGGUACACAAGAUCGACACAAUGCCAAAGUGCCCCAUACAGCUGUCAUUCUGGCUGGUGCGCAAUCUCCAUCUAACCGAGAAAAUGAUGAGCCAAAUGUUCCUCACAAACUCGGUCAACCUGCGCCUGCAGUUCAUAGGCGGCAUCCUAAAGGAGGAGACGCUCUUCUACUGCCGCUACUGCAACAGCAGCCUUGCCUACUGCUCAGAUCUGUUUGCCAUGUCCAAGCAUGGCGUGCAGACACAGUACUGCAAUCCUGGCGGCUACAUACACGAGACGAACACUGUGUAUCGGGUGAUAUCCCAUGCCAUCGGCUAUAGCGGUGAGCCAUCGACCAGAUUUAGCUGGUUUCCCGGCUAUCAGUGGCACAUCAUUCUGUGCAAAUUCUGUGCCCAGCAUGUUGGCUGGGAAUUCAAGGCUGUCGAACCCAAUCUGGCACCCAAGAUGUUCUACGGCCUGGCCGGCUCCAGUGUCCGGAUUGGCAAGACCGGCGACAGUGCCACCGUCAAUGGCAACAACUUUGUGGUGCGCAACAUGCUGAGGGUCAUUUCCAGUGAAAUGGAAUAAGGAUACACCAAUUAGGACUUGUUUCAUAAAAACAUUUAAAAAUUUUAAAAACAAAAAUCUAAUUGUCUACACAAUCCACAAAAUAUACUUAGAGGAUACUUGAGGAUCGGUUUAUACACGAUCUGGUCUGCGGGCGUAAGUGCAAACGGAGAUAUUGAUUUAGUUAAAGUAAAUUAUAUUUAAUUGAUGUUUAAGAUAAAUUAGAACAAACGCUGCUCCAUCAUAA